AUGCAGACACGUGUUGUGCACGCGGACGAUGAGCUGGCGCAUGCACUCUACCGCGGCGGAAGCGGCGACAUCGCGCCGCCGUUGCACGCCUCGACCACUUUUUCCGUGGAUAAUCCGCUCGGCUUUGCCUACGCGCGCACCACUGGCACGCCCGUCACCGCACGGGUGGAAGCCGUCCUGAGCGAGCUUGAAGGCGGCUUCCCUGCUGUCGUCUUUGCCUCGGGCCUGGCCGCCACCCACGCCGCCUUGGAGGCUCUAACCGACCUGCACGGAUACCAUGGCUCGCAGCUGGUGGCGCGUGCGCGGUGCGGCGGGAGGAAGAUGCGGCUGGUGGUGGUGGAGGACAUCGAGGAUGCCCUGGAUGCCGGCGAGCUGGUCCUUGAUCGUCGAUGCGUGGUAUGGGCAGAGACACCGUCGAACCCGUUCAACACCGUAGUUGACGUCGAGGCGCUCGCAGAGAGAGUCCACCUUGCCGGCGGGCUGCUUGCUGUCGAUGCCACCUUUGCCACGCCGUACACUCUCCGGCCGCUGGCAGUCGGCGCCGACAUGACCGUUCACUCGGCCACAAAGUACCUCGGCGGGCACUCGGACGUGCUUGCAGGCGUGGCUGCUGCCGCCGAUCCCGAGCUAGUGGCUGGCUUGCAGCGAUCGCGACUCCACGGCGGAGCCUGCCUCGGGGCGCUCGAGACCUGGCUUCUGUUGCGCUCGCUGAGGACCUUCCCGCUGCGGAUCAAGAGCCAGUGCGCGUCGGCGACGGCGAUGGCGGCGGCCUUGGCCGAUCAUCCGCGUGUGGCCACCGUCUGGCAUGCAUCGCUGGAGAGUCAUCCGAGCCACGCCCGCGCGGUGCGGUCAAUGACCAGCGGCUUUGGAGCCGUUGUCACCAUCGACGUUGGGUCCGGGCCUGCAGCCGAGGCCUUUGUGGCGCACCUGAAGCUCUUUGCCAACGCCACCUCGCUCGGCGGCGCGGUGGGACGCGACCAUCGAGCCGGGCGUCGUCCGCCUCUCUGUUGGCCUUGA